AAAGCUGCUUGUGAAAGGGCACUGGCAACUUCCUCAAUCUGCUCUCUGUUUCCUCCAGAUGGGGCACAAAUAAAUAGGAAGAGCCUGCAGCUCACUGGCACUUGGAGGCUCCCGAAGGAGGCUGCCUGUCGCCCAAGCACAGAGCCACAAAGGAUGCAGUCUAGGAGGGAAGAAUCACAAGCCCUGUAAGAUGAGUGGAGCCAAACCCCCAGCCAAGCACCAAUACAGAACCCCGGGUCAAUGAGGACACCCCCCUGCCCAUAGCUUCCUGUGCAGCCACCAAAAGUGCCAAAAUGGACCAGCAAAUGGCACUCACAUGGGGGCUGUGCUACAUGGCACUGGUGGCUCUCUGCUGGGGACACGAGGUGACAGAGGAAGAAGAAACGGUCCCUCUGAAGACUCUGGAGUGCUACAAUGACUACACCAACCGUAUCAUCUGCAGCUGGGCAGACACAGAGGAUGCCCAGGGGCUAAUCAACAUGACCCUCCUCUAUCACCAGCUAGACAAGAUUCAAUCAGUGUCCUGUGAGCUCAGUGAGAAACUCAUGUGGUCAGAGUGCCCGUCAUCCCACCGCUGUGUGCCCAGAAGAUGUGUCAUCCCCUACACACGAUUUUCUAAUGGAGAUAACGACUACUACUCCUUCCAGCCAGAUCGUGACCUGGGCAUCCAGCUCAUGGUCCCACUGGCCCAGCAUGUGCAGCCACCCCCUCCCAAGGACAUCCACAUCAGCCCCUCUGGGGAUCAUUUCCUGCUGGAAUGGAGUGUAUCUCUUGGGGAUUCCCAGGUCUCCUGGCUUUCAUCAAAGGACAUAGAGUUUGAGGUGGCUUAUAAGCGGCUUCAGGACUCCUGGGAGGAUGCCUCCAGUCUCCACACUAGCAACUUUCAGGUGAAUUUAGAGCCAAAGCUAUUCCUACCCAACAGCAUCUAUGCUGCCCGUGUGCGCACUCGGCUGUCCGCGGGUUCAAGCUUGUCUGGGAGACCCAGCAGAUGGAGCCCAGAGGUUCACUGGGACUCCCAGCCAGGGGACAAGGCCCAGCCACAGAACCUUCAAUGCUUCUUUGAUGGGAUCCAGUCUCUCCACUGCUCCUGGGAGGUGUGGACCCAGACGACUGGCUCUGUUUCCUUUGGGCUCUUCUAUCGCCCCAGCCCUGCAGCUCCGGAGGAGAAAUGCUCUCCGGUGGUGAAGGAGCCGCAGGCCAGCGUCUACACCCGCUACCGCUGCAGUCUACCUGUGCCUGAGCCCAGUGCACACAGCCAGUACACAGUCUCUGUUAAGCACCUGGAACAAGGGAAGUUCAUCAUGAGCUAUUACCACAUCCAGAUGGAACCUCCAAUCCUCAACCAGACCAAGAACAGAGACAGCUACAGCCUGCAUUGGGAAACUCAGAAAAUACCCAAAUACAUUGAUCACACUUUCCAGGUCCAGUACAAGAAGAAGUCAGAGAGCUGGAAGGACAGCAAGACAGAAAACCUAGGUCGAGUCAAUAGCAUGGACCUGCCCCAGCUGGAGCCGGACACCUCAUACUGCGCCAGGGUGAGGGUCAAGCCCAUCUCUGACUACGACGGGAUCUGGAGCGAGUGGAGCAAUGAGUACACUUGGACGACUGACUGGGUGAUGCCCACGCUGUGGAUAGUCCUCAUCCUGGUCUUUCUCAUCUUCACCUUGCUCCUGGCUCUCCACUUUGGCCGUGUUUAUGGGUACAGGACAUACAGGAAGUGGAAGGAAAAGAUCCCCAACCCCAGCAAGAGCCUCCUGUUCCAGGAUGGAGGUAAAGGUCUCUGGCCUCCUGGCAGCAUGGCAGCCUUCGCGACUAAGAACCCCGCUCUCCAGGGGCCACAGAGCAGGCUUCUUGCUGAGCAACAGGGGGUGUCAUAUGAACAUUUGGAAGACAACAACGUGUCACCUCUCACUAUAGAGGACCCUAAUAUAAUUCGAGAUCCACCAUCCAGGCCUGAUACAACCCCAGCUGCCUCAUCUGAAUCCACAGAGCAACUUCCCAAUGUUCAAGUAGAGGGACCAAUUCCUUCUAGCCGACCCAGGAAGCAAUUACCCAGCUUUGACUUCAAUGGGCCCUACCUGGGGCCUCCCCAAUCCCACUCCCUGCCUGAUCUCCCAGGCCAGCUGGGUUCUCCCCAGGUGGGUGGGAGCCUGAAGCCAGCACUGCCAGGCUCCUUGGAGUACAUGUGUCUGCCCCCUGGAGGUCAAGUGCAACUGGUCCCAUUGUCCCAGGUGAUGGGACAGGGCCAGGCUAUGGAUGUGCAGUGUGGGUCCAGCCUGGAGACCACAGGGAGCCCUUCCGUGGAGCCAAAGGAGAACCCUCCAGUUGAGCUGAGCGUGGAGAAACAGGAGGCAAGGGACAACCCAAUGACUCUUCCCAUAAGCUCUGGGGGCCCUGAGGGCAGUAUGAUGGCCUCUGAUUAUGUCACUCCUGGAGAUCCGGUGCUCACUCUGCCCACAGGGCCCCUGUCUACCUCUCUGGGCCCCUCUCUAGGGUUGCCCUCAGCCCAAAGCCCCAGUCUCUGUCUUAAGCUGCCCAGGGUCCCCUCUGGAAGCCCAGCUCUAGGGCCACCAGGGUUUGAGGACUAUGUGGAGCUGCCUCCAAGUGUGAGCCAGGCAGCCACGUCCCCUCCAGGCCAUCCUGCUCCUCCUGUGGCAAGCAGCCCCACAGUGAUCCCAGGAGAGCCCAGGGAGGAAGUGGGCCCAGCAUCCCCACAUCCCGAAGGCCUCCUUGUUCUUCAGCAGGUUGGGGACUACUGCUUCCUCCCUGGCCUGGGACCUGGCUCCCUCUCACCACACAGUAAGCCACCCUCUCCAAGUCUGUGUUCUGAGACUGAGGACCUAGACCAGGACUUGUCUGUGAAAAAGUUUCCCUAUCAACCCUUGCCCCAGGCCCCAGCCAUUCAGUUUUUCAAGUCCCUAAAGUAUUAGGACUACCUGUCCCUGCCCCCUUGGGACAAUAGCCAGUCUGGGAAGGUGUGCUGAGUCUGUCCCCUCCCAAUCUCACCAGCAGCCUGGCACCGCAGCCUGUGGUCCUCAGCCUGAGCAUCACCACAGAAGCCUCUCUGAGUUCACACUCCUCCUUGCUCCCUGCUCUGACACAACAAUACCCCCAUAUGUGAUUUUCUCUUCCCCCUCUGUCCCUCUUCCCUUCCCUCCAUUUCCCCCUCCCCCCACCUCUCUUUCUCUGUCUCUCUCUGUCUCUGUCUCUCUCUCUGUCUCUGUCUCUCUCUGUCUCUCUCUGUCUCUGUCUCUCUCUCUCUCUCUCUCUCUCUCUCUCUCUCUCUCUCUCUCUGUCUCUCUCUCUUUCCAGUUUUCUGCCUUCUAUGGGAUCUUCCUUCCUGUCCCUCCGACCUGUUGGAGUGGGGAGGCCUGUGAGGGUGAGCUCUGCAUGGUCUGUUUAGGGUUGAAGAACUCCUGAGGUCUGCUUGUCCACCAUAGGCAUUGAUGAUAACACAGCACAUUUCUGCCUCUGUGUGAAAAGUUGGAGUCUCAGGUGAACCCCUUGGGAGGACAGACUGUAAAAUUGGGCAGGCUCUUGUUGCUCCAAGAAUAGACAUGGUCCUCUAUGGUUGUCUGAAGCUCCUGGGGAGACCUGGGGAACCUUGUAGAAGGUACUUGGGACCCUGCUUAUGUACAGAAAUCACUGAUGUGCACAAAGCUGGACACAGCUAUGGCCAGGCUGGAGGGAUGAGAAGCAAUGGGGAGGGCUGGGCGUCUAGAUCUCAUGGUGUCAACUGCAGACAAGCUUAGUUGUGGAUCCCGGACAGCACACCCAGAGACUAAGUCUAGACAGCUGAGCUGUUCAUUCGUUCUCCCUCCAGAGCAAAGCUUGGAUACCUGUGCUCCCACUGGCCUCAGAUGAGGGUCUGCUGUGGUACUGUGGCCCUUGGCCAUCACCACCCUCUUGACAAUCCAGGCACAAUGCCAUUACCUCAUUCUGUUCUCACUGGACUUGUUUGUUCAUGGUCACGUUUGCACAUGGCCUUUGUAUGAGUCUUGAGUAUUGGCUUUUUGGGGGGUGGUGAGGAAGUGAGGUUGGGAGCUGAGCUCAUGAACAGUUUUGUCCCUCAGAAUGUCCUUUUGGAUGAGACUGAAUAGCUCUUUCCACAUGGCCUUUUGUGGGACAUACAUGUCUCCCUUGAAUGUGCUAAUUUUGUGCAGGAGGCACAACAGCUCCGUCAGCCAUUGGGGCCAUAUUUGCAGCAGACUUUGCAACAAAUGUACAUGUGCCUUAUAUUCUUUCAGUCUCCUUCUGUGUCUCGAACCUUGAACAGGAUGUGAUAACUUUUCUAGACCACAUGCUUGCUCUGCAGAGUUCUGUCCUUAUAUGUUCUGUGGACCUGGAGUCAAUGGACAUUGCAUCAUUUCUCCACCUAUUUGUGCUCUGUCAGGCACUCCAUGAUCCAUCGUUUUACGACCUGGAUCUGGUCUGUCCUAUCUCUUGGCCUCACUCACUGGAUGGCAGCCACAUGUCUUCAAAUUUGAUUUCAACCCUAAGCAGGCAGAUCAAGUGUUCCUUGGUCUAUGUUCACUGCAGCAAAGAAAACCACAAACGUCUUGAAGGUGUUGCAGUGGCAAUGUUCAACAAAAGCCUGUCAACACUUUCUAAAGUGACUGCUCUAGAGAAACAAACAGGAACGGCCUCCAUGUUAAGAUAUGAACACUGAAAUGCUUUGCUUUAAGAGGAAACAUUGUAAAAACAUUUUUUACAUACAAUAAAACAUAGCUAAAAAACAAA